AUGCGACCGUUACUGUGCGUGUUACACGUGGGGUUGUCCACCUUGUUUGCUACUCACGGCGCCUUGGUCCACGCGCGCGCCUUGGUCCGCGCGGCCUGGGCCUCAUCAGCCGCCUGCUCGACUCCAGACCUGCAUUGCCUGCCCCACUCUCCCUCCUCUCUUCCCACUCUCCUCCCCUCAGUGCUCCACGAUAGCGCGAUGAUGGGUCCCAAGGGUCUCAUCAGCCCGCUGGUCAUGGGACCCGAGGGCCUCAUCACACCAGUCGCCUCCUCGCACCCAAAUGUGAUGACUCCGCACCCCACCAUAGCGUUGGUCAUGGGUCUCAAGGGUCUCAUCAGCUGCCUCCUCGCACCCAAAUUCAAUGACCGCCCCACCAUAGCGUUGGUCAUGGGUCUCAAGGGUCUCAUCAGCCGCCUCCUCGCACCCAAAUUCAAUGACCGCCCCACCAUAGCGUUGGUCAUGGGUCUCAAGGGUCUCAUCAGCCGCCUCCUCGCACCCAAAUUCAAUGACAUCUGUCCUGCGUUGUUAGUCUUAUUCCCACCCUGCCACACCCCCCAUCCCUCAUCCCUGCCCCCCCCAUUCACCCCAGCGCCCCACCAUAGCGCUGGUCAUGGGGCCCAAGGGCCUCAUCAGCCGUCUCCUCGCACCCAAAUUUUAUGA